UACAUGGUAGAGUGGAGAGCUUCUGUGAAACUAAAGAAAAUGCCUCAGCUUGUGGAAAAGUUCAUCAAACAUACAACAAAACCACUCUUCUUCAAUCCCACUUUUUCUUUCUCCUUGACACCAACAAUAUAAAGCAUACAGACACCCACCAUCCUUGCCACAAGCAACACAAAAGAAAUGGCUGAAUUUCCACCUGUAGAAAUAGGCACCAGAGGCACAGUUGGGUCCCUUCUAAUGCAAGAAAUUGAGUACUUUAGCCGGCUUGAACUAAAUUCCAAUGGCUGGUCACAGAACAACAAAUCUCAAACCAUCAACAUGGGUUCCUCAGUUAGCACUGAUUCCAGACCCUCAACUGUAUCCAGAGUAGAAACAAGAAAGAAAAAGCGAGGAAGUAGCAAGCUCUUGCCAAGCAUGUGUUCUAUGGUCGAUAUAAUAGACAGUAGUAAGCCAAAUGUAAUUUCUGCUUUCAGCUACAAGAACCUGAAGUCUGACAUACAAUUCCAGCUUUAG